AUGUUUAAAAUUGUCUUUCUUUUACCCUCUAUGUUUAUUAUUUCAUUUAUUUAUUUUACUCUCUAUGUUCACCAUUUUCUUUCUUUCUUUCUUUCUUUCUUUCUUUCUUUCUUUCUUUCUCUCUCUUUCUUUCUUUCUUUCUUUCUUUCUUCCCCGCUUUUAUUAUUUUUGGAUUUUUUGUUUGAGUACAACUCAUGUUUUCCCCUCCCUUCCUCUGUUUUUCAGACCUUGGUACUUUAUUCUCUUACUAGUUUAAUCUUUCUUUCUUUCUUUCUUUCUUUCUUUCUCUCUUUCUUUCUUUCUUUCUUUCUUUCUUUCUUUCUUUCUCUCUUUCUUUCUUUCUCUCUCUUUCUUUUUUUCUUUCUUUCUUCCCCUUUUUAUUAUUUUUUGGAUUUUUGUUUGAGUACAACUCAUGUUUUCCCUCCCUUCCUCUGUUUUUUUCAGACCUUGGUACUUUAUUCUCUUACUAGUUUAAUCUUUCUUUCUUUCUUUCUUUCUCUCUUUCUUUCUUUCUUUCUUUCUUUCUUUCUUUCUUUCUUUCUUUCUCUCUUUCUUUCUUUCUCUCUCUUUCUUUCUUUCUUUCUUUCUUCCCCGCUUUUAUUAUUUUUGGAUUUUUUGUUCGAGUACAACUUAUUUUUAAUCUUUCUUUCUUUCUCUCUCUCUCUCUUUCUUUCUUUCUUUCUUUCUUUCUCUCUUUCUUUCUUUCUCUCUCUUUCUUUCUUUCUUUCUUUCUUCCCCGCUUUUAUUAUUUUUGGAUUUUUUACCUUGGUACUUUCUUCUCUUACUAAUUUAAUCUUUUUUUCUUUAUUUCUUUAUGCCUUUCUUUCUUUCUUUCUUUCUUUUCUCAUUGGGUUUACGAUAUUCUUUCUUUCUUUUCUAUUAUUCCACUAUUUUUACUAUAUCCUUUUUUUCCUUCUCUCCCAAUAUGAUUACUAUUUUCUUUCUCAGACCCAAUGUUUAUUCUUUUUCUCUAUUCCAGAUCGUUCUUUAAUUUCUUCUACUUUCUUCCUGUUUUAUAUUUUAAUUCCAUCUCUAUUCGUUUUCCCCCUCAGAAUCUUGACAAUUGUCUUCUCUCUUUCUUUUACAAUGUUUAUUUUUGGCCUCAUCUUUUCAUUUUUCUCCUCUUUCUUUUUCUUUCUUUCUUUCUUUCUUUCUUUCUUUCUUUCUCUCUUUCUUUCUUGCUCUCUCUUUCUUUCUUUCUUUCUUUCUCUCUCUUUCUUUCCUUCUUUCUUUCUUUCUUUCUUUUUUUUCUCUACUGUCCUUACUAUUUUCUCUUUCUUUUAUUUUUCUUUCAUUUUCUUUCUUUUCAUUCACUCUAUUUAUUAUUUCCUUUCUUUCUUCCUUUCUUUCUUCUACACAUUUGUUGAACUGGACACAACACAUUAUAAUGGUUAA